AUGCUGAGGGUUUUUGAGACUGCAGCGAGUGCACUUGCGUUCGCCUCCACCUCAUUACGUCUGCACCGCACCCUCGCCCUCGAUCGUGCCGUGUCAGCAGCAUCCAAGACAGUGCGUGACUGGAGCUGCCUCCUUGCAUAUCCAUCAGUCUCACUCUCUCUUUUCUCAACAAGCGAGGUAAGGACACCAGUCUGUGGGUGGCCUGGCCAUCCCACUGGACCACCCCGCCCUUCCUUCAUUCCUUUGCCCAUCAUCAUGCCCUACGGAGGGGAGGGGAUCCCUCUUCCUUAG